UCUUUAUUAUAUUUACGAAAAACCACGACGGAGUCGACAAAAAUGGCGGAUAAAAAUUUGCCAUGGGGCCUGAUCAACGACAAAAUAUCACCAGGAUCAGCUAAGACAAUAUCAGAAAGUAAACUGAAGGCAUUUGAAGUUGGGACAAUGAAUAUUGGUAAAAAGUCCCUGUCUAAACGUGAGCAGGAGGAGCUACGUAAAAAGCAAGAUGAGAAGGCUACGGCAGAGGUAUACAAAGAGUUUGUAGCAUCUUUUGAUGAUGCAGGAAAAUUGACCAAGACGUGGAUCAAGGGUGGAACAUUCAAUCCAGAAAAAAAUUCGAGUAGGUCGAAAAAAAGAUUGGAUGUUGUAUUGGGGGAGAAGGCAAUAUCCAAACCAAAAGUAUACAAACCAACAUCCCGACUUGCCGAGCUAGCAUCUACUUUUCAGUCUGUCAAGGAAGCCCGGAAACAGGAGGAGGUUUUGGAUGAUUCCCCCAAACCACCUAUCCCAGGAAAGAAGAAGACAGAAGUAAAGAAAAAGAGCAAUUUGGAGAUUUUCAAAGAAGAACUGAAGCAAAUACAGCAGGAGAGAGAACAGCGACAUAAGAUGAAGAAGAUGAGGAAUCAGCAGCCCCCUGAUCCAGGCAUACCCAUGCUUCCUUUGGAAGAACCUUCUCGGAUGUCCAAGUUUGAACCCGUUGCAUCAGAUCUCAACGUUGCAGGUACAGGAAUUCCAGAAACAAACAUGAAGCUUGGACCCUAUGACCCUACAGAUGAAACCACUACCAAUAUUUAUGUUGGAAAUAUAAAUCCAAAGAUGACAGAACCGCAGUUGUGUGAAAUCUUUGGCCGAUUUGGUCCAUUGGCCAGUGUCAAGAUCAUGUGGCCUCGAACAGAUGAAGAGAGAAACAGAGGGCGAAACUGUGGGUUUGUGGCAUACAUGAACAGGAAGGAUGGGGAGAGAGCACUCAAUUCAUUAAAAGGCAAGGAUAUUAUGCAGUAUGAGAUGAAAUUAGGGUGGGGCAAGGCUGUGCCUAUCCCCCCUCAUCCGGUGUAUAUACCCCCAGCUUUAGCAGAGAUGACACAACCCCCACCUCCUUCAGGACUUCCAUUCAAUGCCCAGCCAUCUCGUGGACGGGAUCGCAGCAGAAAGAGUUUGGGAAAAGUCCCUCCCCCCUCAGGUUGGGAGGAGGAAGAGAGUGGCGACAAGAGUUUAGCCAACGCUGUUGUCAAGGUGGUUAUCCCAACGGAAAGAAACCUGCUGAUACUAAUUCACCGUAUGAUCGAGUUUGUGGUGCGUGAAGGUCCGAUGUUUGAAGCCAUGAUCAUGAACAGAGAACUCAAGAACCCACAAUACAGAUUCCUAUUUGACAACAUGAGCCCCGCCCACACUUACUACAGGUGGAAACUGUUCAGUAUACUACAGGGUGAUUCACCAUACAAAUGGAGGACUGAAGAGAUUCGAAUGUUCAAGGGAGGUUCAUUGUGGAAACCUCCUCCCAUGAACCCCUAUACACAGGGCAUGCCAGAGGAACUUGUGAGAGAUGAUUUCUUGGAUAAAGUGGUGGAGAAUCAGGCUCCAAGCGGACCAAAGAAGGGACAACUCACAGACAGUCAACGAGAUCGAUUGGAAGAUAUGCUGCGGGAAUUAACCCCAGAGAGAAACAAAGUUGGAGAUGCUAUGGUGUGGUGUUUAGACCAUGCUGAGUCAGCAGAGGAAAUUGUAGAAUGUAUCACAGAAUCCUUGUCCAUCUUGCAGACACCAAUACCCAAAAAGAUCGCCAGGUUGUUUUUAGUGUCGGACAUUCUUUUCAACAGCAGUGCCAAAGUACCCAAUGCAUCGUUCUUCAGGAGAUGUUUUCAACAUAAGCUACGAGACAUAUUUAAGGAUGUUCAUGAAACCUAUGCUGGAAUUGAUGGAAGGUUGAAAGCAGAACAAUUCAAGCAAAAGGUGAUGUCCUGUUUCCGUGCCUGGGAAGACUGGGCGAUCUAUCCUAAUGACUUCCUUAUUAGCCUACAGAAUGUAUUCCUUGGCCUGAUUUCCUCUAAGAACGAUGAUGAUGAUAAUAGCCGACAUGGGUCAGAUUUGGAUGGCGCUCCAAUCGAGGAUCUGGAUGGUUUACCUUUGGACUCCAAGGAAGUGGAGAUUAAGACGAUUGAUGGCAAACCUUUGGUGGAAGAUCUGGAUGGGGACAGCUACACAGAGGAACUAGAUGGCGCUCCUAUGGAAGACCUCGAUGGAAAUGCUAUGGAGUCUGAGAGGGAGAAAUCGCCACCACAGCCAAGGUUCGCCAGCUCAAAAUGGGAAACUGUGGAUGAAGCCGAGUUAGAGGCCCAAGCUAUGACAACGUCCAAAUGGGAUCUUUUGGACCAACAAGAUGAGGAUCAAGAAGAUACACAAUCGUCGAAAAUGGAAGAGUCGGAAGACAUUGAUGGAGCUCCAUUAGAGGAUGAAGGAGCUUAUUCAGAAGAAGAAGAUGACUUCAAUAGAAGUUAUGAUGGCUCCAAACAGGAAAUGACAGAGGAAAGACGGGCUAAAUUGAGGGAAAUUGAGCUGAAGGUGAUGAAGUACCAAGAUGAAAUCGAAAGUGGAAAGAGAUCUCGAAAAUCACAUAUGAGUAUCGCAAACCAGGUCGAGCACUACAGAAAGAAACUUCUACAGAAGGAAGUGACAGAUUCUCCUGGAAGUAAAGAGAGGAAGCGACAUCGCUCUCGGUCUUAUUCACCUGACUCCAAAUCGCAUUCAUCAAGUCCAAAACGCAGCUCAUCGAAAAGAUCUCGGAGUCCCAAAAGGUCAAGGAGAUCUAGGUCAAGGUCACCUCACAAACGGUCCUCAUCAAGAAGUCCUAGUCGUCAUCGAAGGAAAAGCAAGAAAAGCAAACAUAGUAGAGACUAACAAAUUUCACCAAUCUCAGUAUGCAUUAUAAUUUAACCAUGAUUCUCUUCAUCCUCACAUGCAUUUAAGUAAGUGUUGUCAUGUCCGUUUCUUCCAAGAGGACGUUUCAUUCAGUCUGACAUCCUGAAAAGUAGAGCCAGCAUAUUGAUUCUCACAAAGGAAAUCCACAAAUAAGAGAUAAUACAAAGUGCAGAAAGAAGAUGCUUUGUCUUUGUGAUAAAAACCAUGUCAUGUCAACACUGAAAAAAAUAAAUCGUGAUUUAAUUUAAGAGACCAUACAGCCCAAUAGAUUUUUAAGAUGAGUAUUGAAUUUGUUAUUGCAUUUGUUUAAAACAGUUAGUUUGUGUGCUAUGUGUACUUCAUUUGAAAAAGUAUAGAAUGUUAUGUACAUGUAAAAGGGCAUUUUACUUGCACUUUAAAAGUGUCUUCAGGAACAUGUUAUGUGGUCGAACAAAUAUUUUGUGAAUAACAGAUCUUUAUCUUAAUAAAAAUCAUGGUAAUUAAUGCUCUAAAGUGUUGCAAUCAAUUUAAUGCUGAAAAUUCAUGACCAAUGACAUUGUAGAAUAUAUAUUAUUGAAUGAUAUGAAGGCUCUUGUCUUUAAAUGGGAUGUGUAAAAGCACAUUUCCAAAUGUUGAUAUGUAAAACUACAGGUGUAAUACCCGGUACACAAGAUUGGUUUGUAAAUAUGAAAUGAAUGUAAAUAUUUGUUGACUUAUCCAACAUAUUGUAAAUAAAAUUCAGAAGAACUGAAA